AUGUCGGCCUACUACUACAUUCUGAUAGCACUCUCGUGCUCUCUUGCUACUUUCUACAUAACGAGAUAUACUCGGAUAACAAAGAAACUACCCUGCUCAUCUAACUCCGAUAUCCGGUUCUGCUUAGGCAGUUUGGUCGUUCUCACAGGCUGGAACUUGCUCUUUACACUAUUCAACCAGCACAUCAUAUUUGAUUUACCCACCAUUACCAGAUUUUUGGAAGGCAUUCUGGACACGAACCUCGUCAACAAGAGAAGAUCGUCUUCAUUGAACUGGUUCUACUUCGUCAAGGAUAUGGAGAUAGCGCUGAUCAUGGUGGUAUCAAUGCUUUUCAUCCAUUUGUUCUCAAUAGGUAUAUUGCACUGCGUAGAGCUUUUUGAGUCGAUUAUCGUGGAUAUCCAGCUCGCCCAGGAGGCAUGCUUUGGAAAGAACGAGGGUGGAAUUCUUACUUUCAGUUAUAAGGAUGACGAUGUAAUAGACAUGGAAGUGAAUAUGAAUCGGGGUCAAUUGCUAAAUUCAGGAAGUAGUUCAAGCAUAAGAACUCAAAGGAUAUCUCUUUUGCCAGAGCUUUAUCCCAGAAGAUUUUUCAAGAGAAACUUUGCCAUAUUUUUGAUAGCCCUAGUGGCUUCAGCCAAGUUUCUACCAUCAAGUUUUCAAUUGACGUCGUCGUCGAUUCUUUUCGAAACCCAGCUCUAUCAGUUCCGGUUUGAUCACAUAUAUGUGGCACUUGUAGUCACCUUCACUUUAGAUACUGUAACGAAGUUUAUCAAGGUAAUAAGUAUUUCUGGUAGCAGUCCAUACAACUCGUUCAAAUUCACCAAUUUGUUGACGAGGUUUAUUUGGCUCUACGAUUGCAUAAUUCUCAACUUCUCAUUGCUGUUCAUCAUCAUCUUCAAUGAUGUGCUCAUCAACAUGAUCAACCUCAUAAUCAACCAGAAUCCAUCGAGCGAUUCGUCAUUACCGCAUUCGGCAUCGGGAAGGACCUCUAUUCAGUUUAUCAGCUCCAUUAUGAUCAACUACUUUUCCCAUAGUGGACUUUCUUCAGAAAGCCCUAUGUGUUCCGAGGCUGUCUCGCAUUCAUACUGUGACCGUCAUAAGUUACUCAUCUCGUUCAUUGCUGCAUUCGACUCAUUGUACAAUAUCUUGAUCAGUUGCUGGAAUGUACUCAAUCUCUGCUGCUUCAUCGUGGCUCCGUUUAUGAUCUGGAUAAUUAUCGAGAUCAAGAUUGAGUUGUUGGCAAGACACAUAAAGCGUACCAGUUGCCUGGUAUAA